AUGGCUGCAAAAGUGGAAAAGCAAGAACCAUGCUUCAUUUGUGGAGGGACUGAUCAUCAACCACAAGAGUGCCCUAAUCUUAGUAUGUUAAGGGGAGGAGACGAGGAACAGUGUAAUGCCUUAGGGGAUUACAAGAAGCCUUAUAAUGCCUACUCCAACACAUACAAUCCUGGUUGGCGUAACCAUCCCAAUUUCAGUUGGAAGGAUACAAGUCAAAAUCAAGCAUCUGGGAGCCAAUGGAGGCCUGAUCAACAAAAGAAUUCUCUUGAGAGUUCCAUGAAAAUUCUCGUAGAAUCCCAACUAGAGUUCAGGAAUUAUUUCACUCAGGUGAUAGAGGAAUUGAAGGACAUAAAGAUUCAAAUAACAAAGUUAAAUGAUUCUUCAGUCAUUCAAGAGCGUGGUAAGCUUCCCGCUCAGCCUCUAAUCACUCCCAAAGGGCAACAUAUGGCACAAACCUCCGCUCCUUCAGAGUCUAAUCUCAAAGGGGUUAAUGCUAUUACUACCCGAAGUGGUCAAAGUACGGUAUCACCAUUACCUAAGACCCCUAGUGUACCAAUGCCCGCUUCAGAUGCUGAUGUGCCACAGAACCUUCCAGUAAAGGUGCCCUUUCCUCAGGCUUUGAAAUCCACUGGGAAGGUACUGGAAAGUCAUAGUGAAAUCCUUGACUUUUUGACACAAGUUAAGGUUAACUUGCCAUUACUUCAUGUAAUCAAGCAAGUACCGGCUUAUGCCAAAGUUAUCAAGGAUCUAUGCACUAUCAAAAGGAAGCACCAUGUCAAGAAAACUGCAUUCUUGGCGUAA